UUUCUAUUAUUGAUAUUUACCUUUCUCUCUCUCAUUCUCUCUCUCAAUCCAACUGGCCAAAGCUACACAAAAGAGCUUGAAUUAGGGUUUAUGAACUGGAAAGAUCGUACUUUUCAGUUCAAAAUUUCUUGGGUUCUCUCUCGUUUUCUCAGAUCCCUUCAACCAUGUCAUCAAUGUAAGUAAUUCCCCUUUUUCUUCUCUCGCUCGUCAAUUCCUUCACAACCCUCUUUCUAUUCCUCAAUCCUUAAUACCCUAACUUUGAAUCUACUUUGCAAAUUUAAAUUCUGAGCCUUAAAAUGCAAAGACCCAUUUAGGUAUUAGGGUUUUGCUUCUUAUUUACUUUUUUGGGGGCCCAUCUUCUAUCCCCUAUGUUAUAUAUUCAUGACUUUUGAGAAUGCCUCUGUUUUGAGCUAAUUCUAGGUGGACAGUUUGGUUAGGCAAAUUAGAGUUAGGUUUAGGUUUUUGUAGAUAUGAUCAAACAGAUAUUCGGAAAACUACCUCGAAAACCCUCAAAAUCAUCGCAUUCGCAUAAUGAGUUGUACAAUGAUGGAGGGGUCAAUGCCAAUUCAUCAUUGAAUUCGUUUAGUGGACCCAAUUCCUUUAAUGGCUCAAAACCCACUUCAGCUUCUUCGAAAUCCAUGAAUCAUUCGGGGCGCACGAGCAAUGGGACUCUUGCCUCUCAAUCCUCGGGUAUGAAUAAGUUGAAUCAAGGGAAAAAAUCUGUUAGCGUUGUGGCCCAAGUCAGUCCUGCCUUGUCAUCAGCGGUAUAUGAGGCUUUGCCGAGUUUUCGGGAUGUUUCAAGUUCAGAAAAGCAGUCUCUCUUCAUUAGGAAACUGAAUAUGUGUUGUGUUGUGUUCGAUUUCAAUGAUUCUGCAAAGAAUCUUAAAGAGAAGGAUGUUAAGCGGCAAACUUUGCUUGAUCUUGUUGAUUAUAUUUCAUCGGUAACUUCGAAGUUCAAUGAGGUGGCAAUGCAGGCGAUCACCAAGAUGGUGGCGACUAAUUUGUUUCGAUCACUCCCAUCUACAAAUCAUGAUUGUAAGGUUCCGGAAAUGUAUGACCCAGAAGAGGAGGAACUGGCCAUGGAACCCGCUUGGCCUCAUCUUCAAAUUGUGUAUGAAUUUCUAUUGAGAUUUGUGGCUUCGCCAGAGACAGAUGCCAAGCUUGCUAAAAGAUACAUUGACCAUUCUUUUGUGUUGAAAUUGCUUGACUUGUUUGAUUCUGAGGACCAGAGAGAGAGAGAAUACUUAAAAACGAUUCUCCACCGCAUUUAUGGGAAAUUCAUGGUGCAUCGACCAUUCAUUAGGAAAGCUAUCAACAAUAUCUUCUAUCGUUUCAUUUUUGAGACGGAGAAGCACAACGGGAUUGCAGAAUUACUUGAGAUAUUGGGCAGUAUUAUUAAUGGGUUUGCUUUGCCUUUGAAGGAAGAGCACAAGCUGUUCCUUGUCCGCGCUUUGAUUCCCCUUCAUAAGCCAAAGUGCGUAUCUAUGUACCACCAGCAACUCUCAUAUUGCAUUACACAGUUUGUGGAGAAAGAUGCCAAGCUGGCUGAUACUGUAAUUCGAGGUCUUUUAAAGUAUUGGCCCGUAACUAAUAGUUCAAAAGAGGUUAUGUUCCUUGGUGAAUUGGAGGAAGUUCUAGAAGCCACCCAAGGAGCAGAGUUUCAGCGCUGCAUGGUCCCUCUAUUCCGUCAAAUUGGGCGCUGCCUCAACAGUUCACAUUUUCAGGUAGCUGAACGUGCAUUGUUCCUGUGGAAUAACGAUCACAUAAGGAAUUUAAUUACACAGAACUGUAAAGUUAUUCUGCCGAUAAUUUUCCCAGCUUUGGAGAGAAAUACACGGGGUCACUGGAACCAGGCUGUUCAGAGUUUGACGUUGAAUGUGAGGAAAAUAUUCUCAGAUGCUGAUCAAACACUUUUUGAUGAGUGCUUGGUCAAAUUCAAAGAAGAUGAAGUCAAGGAGAGGGAGACACAGGAGAAAAGGGAAUCAACCUGGAAGCGCCUGGAAGAUGUGGCAGCCUCUAAGGCUGUAAGCAAUGAGGCUGUUCUUGUCUCUAGAUUUGUCUCUUCUGUUGCCAUUGCUACCAGCACAAAGCCUCUGGCUACUGGCAGUAAUUAAGCCACAGGACACGCAUGUUGCAAGAGUUCACCUUUCUUAUAUAUGAUUGAACAUAAGUUGUGGAACCCAAUCAACACAAUUUAGGGAUUGUUUGUCCAAAGUUCUCUUGGGUUUCUUAUUGUAGUAAUAUCUGCUGAAAAGGAAAAAUUGGUGAGGUGUUGAGGAUAUUGGUUUGUCCUUGCUUUUUCUUGGCUCAUUCCUUUCCUCUUCAGCCAUGGAUUAUGUAUCAUAAGGAAUUUGGUUUAUAGAGGUAGUUGUUCGGAUUUCUACUUGAUUAAUAUUUUAUUGUGUAAUGAUGCAAAAAGAUAGUUCCUUUUGUGCUAUA